GAUAGGAUAAACAGUGGGGUGGAUCUGGUCUCGUUCCAUGGAGUCAUCUCUCAGAGGAUCACCCUACAGAGAGGAACGACCACACACACUCCCACACAGAGAGACGUGGAGGCAGGGCUGAGUGUGAGGUUGACGGUGUGUGUGGAGCCCAGAGGGCGGAGCCUGCAGGUCUAUUUGGACCUAAGCCGCACCCCCUACCCUCCCGGCCUGGUACCUGGAAACACUGUCCUGUUAACCAGCUUCCAACGCAGGCUGUCACGGGUAGGAGGGGUGUAUUGUCGUUCUGUCCCAGUCAGCUGUUUGACCAUCAUGGCCCUGGGAAAGACUGACACCCAGUCAUGUGACUCUCCUCCGCCCAUGAUCCUUCUGGGUGUGUGGGCAUUGGCAGGGGCAGAGCAGUGCAUUGUGGGCCGGGUCAGAGGUCACGUGGUGUGUGUUCUCUACCUGCAGCUGCAGUGGACUUGCUCUCUGUGUGGCAGUAUAUACACACAGGAGAGGUGUACUAGGUCUCAGCCUCCCUGUAAUUCUACCUCUGCUGUGUUUCAGGCCGAAGCCAAGGCAGCUGUAGAGGACGGCAGUGGAGAGGCCCAUAUUUGGUUCUCCUGUCCAGUCAUUUCCGGUCUACUGGGGUUAGCCAUGCCCCAGUGGGAGGGGCUUCAGAGGUCACUGAGGGUCAGAGGUCACCUCAGGGUCUACACACGGGGGCGGAGCCUG